AUGAAUAGCAGCGUCAAUUUGGCAUAUAGCUAUAAAUAUAUUUUAGAAAACUUCAUAGAACUAAAUUUCAAUGUCGGAAUUAUAAUGAACGAUCUGAAAACUACUGUAUCAGAGGAAAAUACGUUAUCUGCUAAAGGAUAUAAAUUGCAAAAAUUCGUCGGUGAAGGAGCAUACGCUAAGGUGUAUUUAACUGAGUACACGGCAAAAGACGAAACUAAUAAAACGACAUUAGCAUGUAAAAUAAUAGAGACACUGAAGGCUCCGAAAGAUUUCGUUGUCAAGUUCUUGCCUCGUGAAAUAGACGUCCUUAUUCAUUUAAAUCAUCCACACGUAAUUCAUGUCCAUAGCAUAUUUCAAAGAAAAACAAAGUACUACAUUUUUAUGCGAUACAGCGAAAAUGGCGAUCUCCUUGGGUAUAUUUUGAAAAACGGCUGCGUUUCUGAAAAUCAAUCGAGAGUUUGGCUUCGCCAGUUAGCUCUAGCUCUGCAGUACCUUCAUGAAUUGGAAAUCAGUCAUCGAGAUAUUAAAUGUGAGAACGUUUUGUUAACUGCCAAUUUCAACGUGAAACUAUCCGAUUUUGGUUUCUCGAGGUUUUGCGUGGAUGAUGAAGACCAACCGAUCUUGAGCGAGACAUAUUGCGGUUCGAUGUCCUACGCGGCACCGGAGAUUUUACGCGGCAAGCCGUAUUUACCUAAACCGACCGAUUUAUGGUCUUUAGGAGUUGUGCUCUUUGUAAUGUUAAAUAAGUCGAUGCCUUUCGAUGACACUCGUAUGCGAAAGCUUUACGAACAACAGAUGGGAAAAAAGUAUAGAUUUAGAUCACGCGUCGCAAGUGUCCUUUCGUUAGAGUGUAAGUCUGUGGUGAAGCAUUUGCUUGAACCAGAUCCCGGAUUGAGACAUUCAGCGACUCAAAUUCUUAAUUCGGAUUGGAUUGCUAUGGACAGUAGACUCACCAGUGAGUAUUAAAGACUACCAAUG